AAGAAAUUAAUUAUCCUUGUUCUAAUUCCCAUAGUUUAAUUUCAUAGUUGUUUAAAAAUAAGCAAAGAAUAGUAAUAUCAUUAUAAUGAGGCUCACGUUUAUUUAUCAAUUUCAUCUAUAGAACAUAUAAAGUGCAAUUGGAACAGGCCAUAUCUUUUAUUAUACUCGACAUCCAGAAGUUCUUAAAUACAAUCGCAUAAAUUAUUAUUAUUAUUAUUAUUAUUAUUAUUAUUAUUAUAUUAUUAAAAUUAUUACUACAUUUAUUGGUACAAAAUUUUAAUUAUUCGAUUAAAUAAACUCUUGUCUUCUUCUCUGAACAUGAACUACUAUUACUUUUAUUUAAACAAAAAAUUACAAAUAGUGAGAAAAUUCAAUAAAUUGCUGUUAUAUGAAUUGUUCACAAUUUUCUUCUUCUUCUUUUUUUUUUUUUUUCUUCUCUUUUCUUUCUAUCUUUACAAUGUCUAACUAUCUUCAAUUCAAGUUCUAAUAUAUCAAAAAUUUUGCUCGAUUGAUCGUACAAUUUUCAAUGACGAUCGACUUCGAUUCAACGCGAGUUCAAGUCUAUUAAUAUCUCUUGAAUUCCACUCAAUUGACAGUGCGAUUUUCAAAGACGAUCGAGUCGAUAUCGCGGAGCAUGACAAGAGAACCUGACGAGGUUGCAACAGCUGCCUCAGCUACGUAGAGAUGAAGACGGGCCAAGCUGAAACUGGGAGAUGUGGGAUCAGCUGCCGGAGCUGAUACUGACGCAGAUAUUCAGUCACCUCGGUCAUGGAGACCGUGCCAAUGUUGCACAAGUCUGUCAGCGAUGGAACCGUGCACUUUCGUCGCCAAUUCUUUGGCGUUCCGUCACAGUCUUCAUCGAUCGUGAUCUGCGUGGUGACUUCCCUUUGGCGGGAGAAUUAGCCGCAAAAUAUGGACAGCAUAUACGAAGCCUGGAACUCGCUUGGUCACGACCGUAUCUCUUGCCAAGAGAAGCUCGCAUAACUCGUAAUAUUCAAGCCGAGGCAGGCGCUGAUUUCCUCACGAUCGUACGAGCCAAGAAUGUUCAGUUAAGGAAGCUGAUACUCACCGAUUGGAUAUUCAUUUGUAAAUGGGGGAACAGGGGCAAACUGUUAUAUGCCCUUGCUAACUUUUUAGGUUGUCAGCAUAAUUUGGAAACGCUUAGCCUGCUGAAUGCAACUCUUGGAGUGAGCGACGUGUUGCGACUUCUUGCCAGUGCUUCGAAAAGUUCCACCGAGCAUUUGGCAUAUCUAGAUCUUCGGGGUGCGUUUCGAGAAUGGCAGGCGCCUCACAGCAAUCCAAGAUACUUGCGUCUGCUUGGCCGAUUUCGCGCGUUGACAAUACUAAGGCUCGAUUAUCCAGCCUUGUCCGACCAGACUUUAAUUGCUUUAACGAAUGCAGCGCCAAGAGUGUUGAAAACGCUGCACAUAUCGGUGAGAGAUUCUGAUUCCAGACAUCACACGAUCACCGACACAGCCUGGCACAAUUUGGUACUCGUCUGUCCGGAGCUCACAGUGUCCUACACUAUAGUUAACAUAUCCCAUUACGAAGAUAUGUGCUACUUCCUACUGCCCAGCGUGCCAUUGGCUAGGUUUCAAAUGUUCAGCGGUCAUGUGUGGGAUCAGAGUAGAUCUCGCAAUUUCAGAAGCACUGUUGGAUUACUUAUUACCCAUUACACCAACACGCUAGCGGAAGUAAUGUUACAACUCAGAAACAAUCGUGAGAUGCUCGAUGAUUUGCUCGUAUCGAUGCUGGUACGUUGCAAACACCUAACAAGAUUACAAUAUGACGGUAUAAUAAGAAGUCUUGAUACUUUGCGGGACAUCUGCCAGCUUCAAGCUGAAAACAAGACUCAUUUUCGUACGAUCCAUGUGAAACCACGUAACGUUAACGCCCGGAAUCGCGCCAUUUUGAACGACAUCAACUACCAUUACGACCACAAGAUGAUGGAACAAGGAGUAGAUUUCCGUAUCGAAGAUCCGGCCUCGGUUUUGGUGUUCUACUGAAAUGUUAAUUUCUCAGCUGUCCACCGGUAUCUGUCCCACUCGAGUCUCUGGUUAUUAAGGCCAAAAAAUAAAACAUUGUCCGCCCUUCAUUUUGAUGCGAUUCAUUCUUUUUAUCCUUUUUUAAUUGUAUUACGUUUAUUUUUGAUAAUUCGAGUUUAUUUAUGAUUAUUUGUUAAAUAUUUUUUUUUUUUUUUACAGAACACUCGGUAUUUCUUUUUCAUAUUAGAUUUAUCUA